AUGUCUACACGAAUUCUCAAAUCUUCACCCGUUCGCAGAAGUUUCAAGGGCAUAACUGUUGCUCACACGAAUAUCACCUUAACCUUACAAGCCCCACGUUCAACAUUACCCCUCCUGUUCACACGAUUCGCAUCCUCGCACUCCUCGUUCAACUUUCAUAGGAUUAGUAGACCAUUCGUCGCUUCUGGGUUUGAGAGUAAGAAAUUUGGAAAGCAAGACGUGCAGAGAAGAAAUAUGUCUGAAGUUCCGCAGAAAAUGAAAGGUGUGGUGAUUGAGAAGACGGGGGGUGUGGAGGUACUGGAUUAUAGAACGGAUGUAGAGGUGCCGGUACCCGGGGAGGGAGAGGUGUUGGUGAAGAAUGAGUUUGUGGGGGUUAAUUAUAUUGAUACCUACUUCCGCACCGGUCUCUAUCCCUCUCCCAAACCCGAAAUCCUCGGCCGCGAAGCAGAAGGCACAGUAGUUUCUCUCGGUCCCUCCACAACUACCAAUCUCAAACCCAACGAUCGAGUAGUCUACAUGGGUGCCUCUGCCUACGCCGAAUACACCGUCGUCCCCGCAGCAAAAGUGCACACUGUUCCCCCGGGACUUGCUCCUGGUAUCGCGGCCGCAGCUAUUCUUCAGGGUCUCACGGCCCUGACCCUCAUUCGGGAAGCGUACCAUGUGCAACGCGAUGAUUGGAUCUUGGUUCAUGCUGCUGCGGGUGGAGUAGGUUUGUGGUUGUGUCAGCUUUUGAGAGUGGUGGGAGCGAAGGUUAUUGCGACGGCGAGUUCAGAGGAGAAAUUGAAGUUGGCAAAGGAGAAUGGGGCGACGGUGGGGAUUAAUAAUAAGGAGGAGGAUAUUGUUAAGAGGGUGCUUGAGAUCACGGGGGGAGAGGGUGUUCAUGCGGCUUUUGAUAGUGUGGGGAAGGAUACUUUUGAUGGGGAUUUGGAGGUGGUGAGAAGAAAGGGGACAGUGGUUAGUUUCGGUAAUGCUUCUGGAGCAGUUCCCCCCUUUGCGAUUUCCAAACUCGCAGCAAAGAAUCUAAAGGUUCUUCGUCCAACACUUUUCGGAUAUGUAGCUACCCGUGAAGAAUUCGAGAGGUACAUGGCGGAACUCUUUGAUUUUAUUAUUAAGGAUAAGUUGAAUGUAAGAAUUCAUGAGAUUUAUCCUUUGGAGGAUGUGAGGAGAGCGCAUACGGAUAUUGAGGGGAGGGGGACGAUGGGGAAAUUGUUGUUGAAGGUUUAG